AUGUCGUACAACUAUGAUGAUGAAUGUGCUGAUGAAGAAGGCGCCGAAAAAAUCCGUCAAACGGAAACAUUCUGCUCAGGGUCAAAGAUUAACUGUUCACAGAUUGGCUCGCACGACACACUGAAUGAUCAUUUAACAACAUGUUUUUGUCAAUCCUUACGAUCGACCUUGGUUGAACUCAGUACCAAAAAUGAACAACUAAAACAACGGAUGAAUGCACAACAAGCUGAAAUAGAUAGUUUAAAAGAUCAAUUAUCAAGCUUGCUGAACAAAAAACCAAACAGUGAACUAUCGUCAUCAGAAAAAAGUUCGUGUAACAAUUGUCGUGACUGUCUUUACCUGUCCGCUGCUGGUUGUAAUCCAGCUGGUUAUUAUCAUAUCUACGCUUAUAAUCAUACAACUUAUAAAUUCGAUGAUAAAGGAGAAAAACAUGGUGUUUCAAUUUCUUAUUGUAAAUGCCGUUGUCAUAAAUAG